AUGAAUCAUUUUAAAUUAGAAAAAUAUCCAUUGAUUCAAAAUACAAUUAUGGAUACUAAUCAUGAAUUAAAUUUAUCAAUAAAUAGAUUACCCAAUCUAUUAUUAAUUACUUGUUCUUGUUGUCCACUUCAUCUUAUUCAAUCUUUUAAAUUGAAAACUGAAAGUUCUCUUACAAAAUCAGCAUGGUUUUGGCCUUUAUUGACUAUUUGUCUCAUACUUAUAGUUGGUAUUCCAUGUAUAUUCAUUAUUGUAUUUGUUAUUUGCCGUGUGAAAUAUAAAUUAAAUUAUGAUUCAGAUGCAUCAAGUAUGGGUUCAAAUUUAUCAUCCUCAUCAUCAUCAUUACCAAGAGUACCAGUUCAACAAGAAAGACGACGUAUACACUCUCGUCAUCAACGUUCGCGUCACGUAGAAGGUUUUCGUACUCCACCGCCUCCUUAUACAACAACUGAACAACCACGAACUCUUUUUGUAACAACAUCACCCCCACCUUCAUAUGAAUCUCAUGUUAAUGAAAAUGCAUCAACAACAAAUUCUUCAGCUGUAAUUAAUAUUCCAUCGACAGGACCUAUUGAGAAUUCAACAACAACGGCAACAACAACAACAAGAACACUCGAUGUAUCAUCAUCAACAAUAACAAAUCCAUCUAUACAAACAUUUCAUGCUUAA